UGUACACGGAUCAACAACUUCGAUCAACUGUUGGUAAACUGGAACACGCCCCAGAACCAUCAACCGCCCUUCGGCCAAAUUGUCCUCAAAUGUUCUCCAGUAACCCGAUACCCUAGGGGAGCACAAGUUUAUUUCCAUGUGUACCCGCGAUAGCUAGGCAAGAUGGACACCAAACUACCCAAAGCUCUCCGGAAUUAUUCCGAGACGCUCUUGGCGAUGUUCAACCACGUGGUGAACCAUUCGGAGCUGAUCCCGUUCGGACCGACCCCUAACGGUAUUCCCAACUUGUUGUCAGAGUCCUCCCUAGUUCUACGCACAGAAAGACCAGAUGGAAAGUUGGCUGGGAAAUGGGCUGAAGAACACGCUACCUCUUCCAUACUCAGUCUAUUUCUUAUCGGAGGCACACUGUUUGCUCUGGUGUGCCCUGGGCCGGUUUACAUGGCAUUCCUCGCAGCUUUAGGAUUCGGACCUGAAGGCGUAAGAGCACUCUCCCUCGCAGCUCAAGGCCGAUGUCCGAAUGGAGUCAAGGAAGACCUCUUUGCUUACCUUUUGAAUGCGUCAAUGGGUAGAUAUGGUAUGUACCCUUUUUCUACUAUAUUUCAGUCCGUUGUUGCCGGUGGCACGGGCCGGAUCUUCAUGUGGCAGUUUCCGAAAGAGCAUCUUCCCCUAGUUGCGAAAUUGUGACGUUAUCGGCCGGUACGUGGCCGGCUUCGUCUCGGCCUCCCGCAUGGUCUGCGUUGGCUCAAAUAUGGGCCCAACUCCACGGCCUCGGGCAGGUCAACUUGUGAUUUUCUGGUCAUCUUCAAUACAUGUC